AUUGGCUUGUACUCCUUAAAUGAGACUAUAUUAAAUAUUAUUAGAAUUGGGUUCAGAACGAGAACCUCUGAGGAGUGUUUAGUUAUUCACCUAGCAAAUGAGCAAGUAGUUUGCCUGUAACAUGCCAAGAGAACUUGGAACUAGAAGCACUAUGUUCAUGUCCUUUAAAAAAAAAAAAAUCAUAACCAUCGGUCCUUGAAAAUUCCUCCCCACCACCUGGUCGUUUGCUAAACCGAGUAAUUGCCACCUUCCUCAGAGCGAUGAACUAAAAAUUAAAGGAGAAAAUUAUGUGAAAGUGCUUUAUAAACUGUCAAGUGCCAAACAUACUUAAGGGGUUAUAGUAGUAGGAAAUGGUGCCUUCCAAAGAUUAAUCACGUAGAAAAUGUUAUAAGCAUACAUGAUUGAUUUCCAUAUUCAAACCAUGACAGAUUCUUGUCGCCACAAUGAGGCAAGUGAUUGAAAUCUGGAGGGAGAAACUAAUAAUUCAGUGUUUUUAGUUGAUUUGGAGAUACUAGCUUCACAUUCCCAUAGAGGAAUAUGCAGCAUUUUUGGAGUUUAUAUUUAAAAGUCAUUGUAAUCGUGAAUUGCCUAGAAAUUCAGCCAUUGAGCGGGAAUUUUCUUAGGAUUCUGAACAUCACCCAGAGCACUAAUGGGAGGCUGAGGCUACCCCCCUCCUCCAUCUCCAGGGAGCUUCCAGCUGCCCUUUCCACUCCUAGGAAAGCUAGCGGAGUGCGUGAGAGAAAGGGGGUUCAGCUUGCACACGGAAUGAUGAAUCCUGUCUGUGUCUUAUUUCGGAUGCGAGUCCCGAGACAUUUCAUCCUGCUCUGAGGAGUCCCACUGACUGGAACAGUACAGGGCAGGCAGAUGACGGCGACUUCUCGGUUCUCCAUCCCUUUUCCGAGAUGCCACCAUCGGCUUCUCGGGCCCAGGCGAAGGCGACAGAGCCUGCAGAUUGGGUUGAGGGAGGACGGUGCGCACGACCAACCCCUGCGCACAAACCCCACGGGGCCGCGGGGGCGGGGCGGGCAGGGGUCAGCGCCCCUCCCCGGGGCGGGGCUCGCCUGGGCUCCCCGCGCUCCGCAGCACCGCGGGGCUACAGCGGCAGCGGCGUGCAGGGAGCCGGGCGCGAUGUACCUCCGCAGGGCGGUCUCCAAGACCCUGGCGCUGCCUCUGCGGGCGCCCCCAGGCCCCGCGCCGCUCCGGAAGGACGCAUCUCUUCGCUGGAUGUCAUCUAACAAAUUCCCUGGAUCAUCCGGAUCAAAUAUGAUCUAUUAUCUGGUUGUAGGUGUCACAGUCAGUGCUGGUGGAUAUUAUACUUACAAGAGAAUCACAUCAGAGAAAGCCAAACACAGCGAUCAUAUAACGAAUCUGAAAGAAAAAACCAACGCAGCGUUACAUCCACUUCCAGGUGAAAAAGAGAACCUUGUGGGUGCCGAGGAAGCCAGUUCAGAAGCCCCCGAAGUACCUUCAGUGGAAGCUCCGGUGGUGGACGCUGCAGAGCUUCCCAGUGCUACAGUUGCCGUCAUCAAAGAGGCUUCCCCCUGUCCAGACGAUGCGGAGGCUGCUGCCGAGGAGACCGCUGCCGCUGGUGCUGAAACUGGGUCAGAGGUGACAGAUGUGGGGACGGGAGAAACCGCAGAGGUCAGCACUGAAACCACGUCAGAGGUUACCAGCGCAGUUCGGGAUGAAGCUGUUGCCAUCGAUAGUGAUAAAGGUACAACCGAGAACGAAAGCUGUGGUGAAUAUGCUGAACUGGAAGAAAAUUCUCCAGUUGAGUCAGAAUCCUCUGCUGGGGCUGAUUUACAGGAAGAAGCCAGUGUUUGUUCUGAGGCCGCCUCAGCCCAAGGCUAAUCUCAUGCAGAUUGACACGUGGGCAAAAAAUGCCACAGAGGGUCUGAUAGGUGUUUUUGUAGUUUCAGUAACCUUAGAUUUUAAAAAGGCUUCUUUUCUAGAAAAUGUUAGUGUGCCUUGAGGAUUUGGGGUAUCUACUGAUAGAUUUCAGGAUCGAGAGAAUGGAGAUUUUGCGUGCUGAAUAGUUUUCUACUCUCUGGGAUCAGAAUAUGACAUGUAAAGAGCUUCAAGAGUUUCACCUGUGGAUUUAAAUUUUCUAUCAUAGGAAUGGAGCUAUCUAUACAACCUGCAUUCACUUUAAUUUUGCUAUAAUUUUACCUUUCUUUAAUGUAUGUAAA